GGCUCGCGCGGGGCCCGCCGUCAAUUAUUCAGCCCGGAGCUCGGGGGCUGUGAAUUAUUGAAGGCGGCGGGGAACCCGAGCCUCGUUUGUUGGAGAGGAGGUCGCCAGGUGCCGCGCACCACGCCGCGGGGCCGGGCCGGGGCCGGGGGUGGUCCGAGGCGGAGGGGCCGCGGCGCGGUCAGUUGGAGGGCGCUUCGCCGAGCCCCAGCCUCGCCGGGCUGGGCAUCGGGGCUGGUGCCGGGGCCCGAGGCGCCGGGACCCCUCGUGAGCCCCCGCGCAGCCUAUUCAUUCCUCCCUUCGCUCCACAAGGGCCCCUCCGAACGCCGGGGAGGGCCGGGACUGAAACGUGGGGGCCCAGUUCUCCUAGGGUUUGCGGGCAUUCCUGUCGGAAAGGCAGCCAGCAAGCCGGGAAACUGAGGCACACGCGACCAGAAGAAGUUGUGUACUUGCUGGGGACGACCGGGGUUGAAUUAUUUUUGUGCUCAUAUUCCCUGUUGAUGCAUAAGCUCUAGAGUUUAAGCUCAUAUCCCAGGCAUAUGAAGUGCUUUCAGAUCCAAAGAAAAGGGACAUUUAUGACCAGGGCGGCGAACAGGCAAUUAAGGAAGGAGGCUCAGGCAGCCCCAGCUUCUCUUCCCCCAUGGACAUCUUUGACAUGUUCUUUGGUGGCGGAGGACGGAUGGCUAGAGAGAGAAGAGGCAAGAAUGUUGUACAUCAGUUGUCUGUAACUCUUGAAGAUUUAUAUAAUGGAGUCACAAAGAAAUUGGCUCUCCAGAAAAAUGUAAUUUGUGAGAAAUGUGAAGGCGUUGGUGGGAAGAAGGGAUCUGUGGAGAAGUGCCCAGUGUGCAAGGGGCGAGGGAUGCAGAUUCACAUCCAGCAGAUCGGGCCAGGCAUGGUGCAGCAGAUCCAGACCGUGUGCAUCGAGUGCAAGGGCCAGGGCGAGCGCAUCAACCCCAAGGACCGCUGUGAAAGCUGCAGUGGUGCCAAGGUCAUCCGAGAGAAGAAGAUUAUCGAGGUGCACGUGGAGAAAGGUAUGAAAGAUGGGCAAAAGAUACUGUUUCAUGGAGAAGGAGAUCAGGAGCCUGAGCUGGAGCCUGGUGAUGUCAUAAUUGUGCUUGAUCAGAAGGAUCAUAGUGUCUUUCAGAGACGAGGCCAUGACUUGAUCAUGAAAAUGAAAAUUCAGCUUUCUGAAGCCCUUUGUGGCUUCAAGAAGAUGAUAAAAACACUGGAUGAUCGAGUCCUUAUUAUUACAUCCAAAUCAGGUGAGGUGGUAAAGCACGGGGACCUGAAAUGUGUGCGUAAUGAAGGAAUGCCCAUCUACAAAGCACCCCUGGAGAAAGGGACUCUGAUCAUACAGUUUUUAGUUAUUUUUCCUGAAAAACACUGGCUGUCUCAAGACAACCUUCCCCAGCUGGAAGCUCUGCUCCCUCCUCGACAGAAAGUCAGGAUUACAGAUGACAUGGAUCAGGUGGAGCUGAAGGAGUUUAAUCCCAAUGAGCAGAACUGGCGCCAGCACAGGGAGGCCUACGAGGAUGAUGAUGACGGGCCCCGGGCCGGAGUGCAGUGCCAGACGGCGUGAUGUGGGCCCAGUGCAGCGUGGCCCGGCCGGACUAGUACAUGAUGAAUGUAAAGUUGGCACAAUGAAAAUGGCAUCGCUUUAAUGGCCUCGUGUUUGGGGUGUCCUGUGUAUGUGUUCAGCAUUCUCAACUGCUGAGUGUCUUUUUGGUUUUUCUUUUGUUUUUCUUUUGGUUGUAAGUUAAGUUAUAGCUUAAUUUAUAUUUAAAUAUUUUAAGUGUACAUCACUCUAGUCUGCAUAUGGAAUCUGUUUAUUUACAUUUUCAGGAUAUUUUUGAGAUGCCAGUGACCGCACUGACACUUUGUGCUUCUAGUGGCUUUGCCAUAGUUCAGUUCCACCAAUAAAGCACAGCCCAGACAACAGCCCUCAGCCCCCUAGCAAACCUCCAGGCAUGAAGUGGGUGACGUGGCCCAAGUCUAGCUCUGUGGUUUCUUUCCCUCCCCACCUCCCUCAUAAUGGCAAAGUUACUGAGGGCAUGAUCUCAGGGCUGCUCAUGUGACAUUUCUGAAUCUAGAUUCUAGAUGCUUCUCCUCAAGAAUAAAAGCA